AUGCAGUCCGUGUUAUCACUUAUAGUUCUGACAUUCUCCGUCCUUCUCCAACUUUCUACAGCUACUUCAGUUUUUCGAGUAAAACGAGCACUUGACAUACUGGAAGGAGAUGACUUUGGAAUGAAGAAACGAGCUCUAGAUGGAUUAGAUGGAAAUGGUUUUGGAUUCGAUAAGAGAGCUUUAAAUGGAAUAGAAGGAAAUGGAUUUGGCUUCGAUAAGAGAGCCUUAAAUGGAUUGGAUGGAGAUGGUUUCGGUUUUGAUAAGCGCGCUCUCAACAGCAUUGAAGGUGCUGGUUUCGGAUUUGACAAACGAGCUUUGAAUGGAAUUGAAGGAAAUGGCUUCGGUUUCGAUAAGCGUGCUUUGAAUGGUCUAGAAGGAUCUGGCUUCGGAUUUGAUAAGAGAGCUUUGAAUAGUAUUGAAGGAGCUGGCUUUGGAUUUGAUAAGAGAGCCUUGAACUCUCUUGAUGGCUCAGGAUUCGGCUUCGAAAAGCGCGCUUUAAACAGUAUUGAAGGAGCUGGCUUUGGUUUCGACAAACGAGCCUUGAAUAGCAUUGAAGGAGCUGGUUUCGGAUUUGAUAAGAGAGCUUUGAAUUCUAUUGAAGGAGCCGGUUUUGGUUUUGAUAAGAGGCAUUAUCCAUAUUACAAGCCUAGAGGAUUUAGCGGCGUUCAUAAACAAGGAUAA